AUGGGCUGCGCCUGCUCCUGCUGCUCGUGCCUGAGCGCUUCGCACGGGCUGAAGUACGCGACGCCGGCACGCACGCCGCCGGACCCGGAGCUGUUCCCGCGCUACUUCCAGAACAAGCAAGGCUUGUGGCUGCACUUCGCCGAGUGGGCGCCGCCACGCGACGUGACGACGGUGCGCGGGGUGCUGUUUAUCAUCAGCGGCCUCGGCGAGCACACGGCGCGGUACGACUCGGUCGCGCUGAGGUUUGCGCGUGAGGGCUACCAUGUCUUCUGCACGGACAACCAGGGGGCCGGCGGCAGCGAAGGGAAGCGUCUCUACGUGGAGAACUUCUACGACUUUGUUGACGACUUCCAGCUGUUCAAGAGGCGUGUGCUGUCCACGCACCCGGAGUACGCAACGCUUCCGUGCUGCCUGCUCGGACACUCGAUGGGCGGCCUCAUUGCGACGCACGUUGCGCUGCGUGAGCCCACCGCGUGGGCUGCUGUUGUUCUCAGCGGCCCGGCGUUGCAGAUGGACCCGGCAAUGGCAACGCCGUUCAUGCGGUGGCUCGCGCGCACGCUCUCCAGCUGCCUACCGAAGCUCGGCGUGCAGCGGCUCGACAACAACCUCAUCAGCACGAACCGCCCGGUCCUGGAAUUGGCGAAGCAGGAUCCAUUCUACUUCUCGCCACCGCUGACGGCACGGUGGGCAGCGGAGAUGCUGCGCGCCAUGGACGAUGUGUGGGUGAAUAUGGAGAAUAGCGGUUUCCCAUUCUUAAUUGUGCAUGGCGAGAAGGAUCGUCUCUGCUCCAUUGCUGGCUCACGCCGUUUUCUUGAGUUGGCUCUCUCGACAGAUAAGAAAAUGAUCGAGUACGAAGGCCUCUUCCACGAGGUGUUGACGGAGGUGCGGUGGAAGGAGGUGAUGAAGGAUGUAAUUGAAUUUGUAAACGACCGCUGCCCCCCCUGA